AUGCGUUCUCUACGCGGUGCUCACGGCUGUUUGCAGGAGAGGAGGUGGACUCCCGGGGAGGAGGAGUCCCGAGGAGGAGGACUUGGACCGCCGGUGCAGCCUGCGACUGAUUCACAGCACGAACAGAAUGCUGGUUCAGUGUGCCUUUUGGAGAAUGCGCCAGUGCAAUGUGGAGCCUUUUGUUCUUCCCUGCUUCAUCCUGUCUACGAUCACAAUUUCAAAAUGCAGCGGCAGUGGGUUGAAACCCAGGAGAGGCUGGGUCGAAUGGAAAACCAACUAUUAGCCAUACAGAAAGCCCUAGCUGUCGUUAAACUUUCACCGGACGUGCCAGAGGACGUAAAAUCGAAUGUGACAGUCGGCAAGUUUGAGGCGAUCAAUUCCAGACAGUUUUACAUCGGGAAAAAAAAUCUUCAGGAUUGGAAUACCUCAGCGGACACUUGCCUUCAAAUGGGAGGAUAUUUAGCAUCCUUCCAAAGUCAAGAAGAGUUUGACCUUGUCAAAGCCAAGUUAAAUAGUCAAGAUUCCUACUGGCUGGGCAUCCAUAAUCAGGAUAAUAAUAACACCUUUACAUCAGUUUCCACUGGCCAGCCAGCCAAAUUCAUAGAGCUCCCGGCUAAUAUAUUUCAUAACUGCCUAAAAAGUUCCUGUUUCGUCCUUCUGCACGGCGGCAAAAUGAGCAUUUCAGAGUCGCACAAGAAGGCUAAUUACAUAUGUCAGGCGGAUGAUCUGUAG